AUGGGGCUGCAGCCUCUGGAGUUCAGCGACUGCUACCUGGACAGCCCCUGGUUCAGGGAGCGGGUGCGAGCCCAUGAGGCCGAGCUGGAGAGGACGAAUAAGUUUAUCAAGGAUUUGCUCAAGGAUGGGAAAAACCUGAUCGCCGCCACCAAAAACCUUUCAGCAGCCCAGAGAAAAUUUGCCCAUUCUCUGAGAGACUUUAAAUUUGAAUUCAUUGGUGAUGCAGAGACAGACGAUGAAAGAUACAUAGAUGCUUCUCUUCAUGAGUUUUCAAACUUCUUAAAAAAUUUGGAAGAGCAAAGAGAAAUUUUGGCACUCAGUGUUACUGAAACUCUGAUCAAACCUUUGGAACGAUUUAGGAAAGAGCAACUAGGAGCUGUAAAGGAGGAAAAGAAGAAGUUUGAUAAAGAAACAGAGAAGAACUACAGUUUGCUAGAAAAACAUUUAAAUUUAUCAGCUAAGAAGAAGGAGGUACAAUUACAAGAGGCAGACAACCAAGUGGAGCAGAAUAGAAAACACUUCUAUGAGCUCUCCCUCGAAUAUGUGUGCAAGUUGCAAGAGAUUCAGGAGCGGAAGAAAUUUGAGUGUGUGGAACCUGUGCUAUCAUUUUUUCAGGGUUUGUUCACUUUCUAUCAUCAGGGAUAUGAACUUGCUAAAGACUUCAGUCAUUACAAAAUGGCCCUGCAGAUAAAUAUACAAAAUACACGAAAUCGUUUUGAAGGAACAAGGUCAGAGGUAGAGGAGCUCAUGAACAAGAUCAGAAGAAAUCCUCAGGAACAUAAAAGAGCAAACCACAACACAAUGGAAGGCUAUCUCUAUGUACAGGAAAAAAGGCCUGCUCCCUUUGGUUCCAGUUGGGUGAAGCACUACUGCACAUAUAGGAAAGAGACAAAGAAGUUCACCAUGAUUCCAUUUGAACAUAGAUCAGGAGGGAAAGCUGGUGAUGGGGAACUCUUCAUCCUUACUUAUUGCACCAAAAGAAACGUAGAUACUAUUGACAGGCGAUUCUGUUUUGACUUAGAAUCUUCAGACAGGCCUGGAGUCCCUGUGACCAUGCAGGCCUUUUCUGAGGAGGACAGGAAGCUGUGGAUGGAAGCCUUGGAUGGUAAAGAAGCUCUGUUCAUCAAUUUCAAUAAAGCAAAUGCAAAACAAGAGGGAAGUGCACAGUUGGAUAAGAUAGGGUUCACAGUCAUCAAAAAGUGCAUCAGUGCUGUUGAAACACGAGGUAUAAAUGACCAAGGAUUGUACAGAGUUGUGGGGGUGAGUUCAAAGGUCCAGAGACUUCUGAGUUUGUUGAUGGAUGCAAAAACCUGCAAUGAAGUUGACCUGGAAAACUCUGUAGACUGGGAGGUGAAGACAAUUACUAGUGCUAUGAAGCAAUAUCUGCGAAGCCUUCCAGAGCCACUGAUGACGUAUGAGUUGCAUGGAGAAUUCAUCAUUCCUGCCAAAAGUGGGAGUCCUGAAUCUCGAGUUAAUGCUGUACACUUCUUGGUCCAUAAACUCCCAGAAAAGAACAAAGAGAUGCUGGACAUUUUGGUGAAACAUUUAGCAAAUGUUUCAAAGCAUGCCAAAAGGAAUCUAAUGACUGUGGCAAAUCUGGGGGUAGUAUUUGGACCAACCUUAAUGAGGCCUCAGGAAGAAACUGUAGCAGCCAUCAUGGACCUGAAGUUUCAGAAUAUCGUUGUUGAAAUCCUUAUAGAAAACCAUGAGAAGAUUUUCAAAACCCUGCCUGAUGUCACUUUUCCUGAGUCAAUCUCUACGUCAGUAUCUCCUCCAAAUGCCCCACCGAGGCAGUCCAGAAGACAAGGGCAGCGUAUUAAGAGGCCUCUGGCUGUGUACAAUCUUUGUCUUGAGCUGGAUGAUGGUGACAGUCACAGCUCUCCAAAAGAAGACACUCCAACUGGUAGCAUGGAUUCUCUUUCUUCCCAGUCUCCUACUCCUGUGUUCUCCGCUAGCCCUCCUGGGCUACUGGAUAGAAAUCACCUUAUUAUGGACAGCGGAGAUCUUGCAGACUGGACAACAAAUCUUUCUGGUCAAAGCCGCUCAUCAAUGGUUUCGUGGAUGAACGUCCCGUGCACUAACCCAGUUGCUACGAACAAUGCACCAUCUGCUUUCUCCUUCCCUAUUCCUUCCACUGGAAGUGACAGAGCAGUGGAGAGUGUUGCCCACCGAAAAGCAAGAGCAGUUUAUCCAUGUGAAGCAGAACAUAGCUCUGAAUUAUCAUUUCAGACUGGAGCAAUUUUUGAAGAUGAAAGCUACAAGUAUAACAUUCCUCAGUGUGCUAAUGUGUUUUAAAUGAAGCACUGUCAUGGCCAGCAGCAUAUUUCAGCAUUUGUCUGAUCAUUUCCCUAAAUAUUGUCCAUCUUAAAAGCACUGUGAAGAUAAAUUAACAUGGUAGAGAACAUCAUAGGUCACUGGAAGUGUGGGAUUUACAAUUAAAUAGUGCAAUUUUCCAGGGAACCAGGAUGGCUGGAAGGCACACUAAAUGGCAAGAGAGGACUGAUUCCACAAAAUUAUGUUCAGUUUUUAUAGCUUUAUGCAUUGAACGCCAAGAAGGUGUACAUGGUAUCCAUGGAUUUUUGUUAUAGUCACUUCUCUCUACUUUUGUGACCAAUUUUAAUCAACGAAGAGCCUGAUUAUGGGUUGAAGAUCCUAAUGUGUUUAAAGACAUUAAGUGUUGCCAAAUAUGAAUUAGAGAGGAAAGAUUCUUUAAAGGUUGGAAUCGAUGGGGACAGGACAGUUAGAUGGAGGGAAGAGUUAAUUUUUUAAUAGUUUUUCAAUUGUAACAACAUGUUUGUUUGCAAGGUAACUAGCAUUUGAAGUCAAAUCUUUGGUUGAUCUGUGACUCAGCGCUCAGUUGAAGAUGAUUUUUAAAAAUUAGUGUCCAGAAGAUUACGCGUCAGUAUCAACAAUUUUUAACAGAUUGUUAUUUGAGUGUGGAAAGUACUGUUGGAUAAACAAACUAGCAUGCUGACACUUUUAUAUUUCAAAGUGGAAUAGAUGAUAUGGAACGGAUAUAUUGGUAAGUAAAAUUAGAGGUAUCAAGACAUGACAUUUUCAAAUGUCUUCAAAGAAUAUGUUCAUUUAUGUUGUGUGUGUGAGACUUCAUUUAUUUUAUUAAGGUAAGACACGUGAACUUUUAUUACAGGCUUCUAUCUGUCAUGGUUCCUUUGUUACUCAAAAAUAUCACUGUAAAUGAAAUAAAAUGACGUUUGGUAUUUGACCUUA